AUGGCUGGAGUUGCCUCCGUGGCUCUGGUAACACUGGUGGCUCUGGAUUGGCAACACUGGAGCCCUGAUUCACCCCGACCCCAACAACGCCCUGCCCACCUGUACGUCAACGACCAGUCACCACUACGCCACAACACAACUAUCCCUACACCACAACUCAGUAAUCAACCCACAACCCAUCAAGACCCACGCCAUCAACCUCCUACAACCGCUGCCCACAACCCAUCAAGACCCACGCCAUCAACCUCCUACAACCGCUGCCCACAACCCAUCAAGACCCACGCCAUCAACCUCCUACAACCUGCCCACAACCCAUCAAGACCCACGCCAUCACCUCCUACAAUCGCUGCCCACAACCCAUCAAGACCCACGCCAUCAACCUCCUACAACCGCUGCCCACAACCCAUCAAGACCCACGCCAUCACCUCCUACAACCGCUGCCCCACAACCCAUCCAAGACCCACGCCAUCAACCUCCUACAACCGCUGCCCACAACCCAUCAAGACCCACGCCAUCAACCUCCUACAACCACUGCCCACAACCCAUCAAGACCCACGCCAUCAACCUCCUACAACCGCUGCCCACAACCCAUCAAGACCCACGCCAUCACCUCCUACAAUCGCCGCCACAACCCAUCAAGACCCACGCCAUCAACCUCCUACAACCGCUGCCCCACAACCCAUCACCCACCAUCAACCUCCUACAAGCCCACAACCCAUCAAGACCCACGCCAUCACCUCCUACAACCGCUGCCCACAACCCAUCAAGACCCACGCCAUCACCUCCUACAACCGCUGCCCACAACCCAUCAAGACCCACGCCAUCACCUCCUACAACCGCUGCCCACAACCGGUAGAGAUGCUCACUCAUAGUAAUGGACCGGCGGCUGACUUCUCCAUUUGCGUCAUCUACCAGCUGAGUCCGACGCUACCGGCUCUACCGUACGUCUUGCUACACACACACUGA